AUGACAACCAAAGACGGCAAACAUACCCCUACAACCGACGAGCUGCUGGCCCAAUUCGAUGACCUGAAUGUCGACACCGUCAACGCCAAACCGGCACAGCCGGGCCAGCCGGGCCAGCAGGGGGGCGUCGAGGAUGAUGUACUGGACGAGUUUCAGAACCUAGUCUCCCAGAGACCAUCGAGCCGGCCUGCAACCCCCCAGAUCUCGUCUACGUCGACCAGGUCUCCUAAACUGGCGGCGGCAGCUACACCCACUACUGAUAGAUCGAGUGAGGAGAAGAUACAGACACGGAAGUCGGGAGAUAGCACGAGAGCAUAUCAUAGGAGCAUCACACCAGCAUCGGAGACGGAGAACACACCGCCGAGUCCAGCACCACAGAGCAGCGGAGGUGGGUGGUGGGGUGGUAUAUUUGCUACCGCCAGUGCAGCAGUCAAGCAGGCUGAGGCGGCAGUUCACGAAAUCCGGAAUAACGAGGAUGCUCAAAAGUGGGCUGAGCAAGUUCGUGGCAAUGUCGGUGCUCUCAAGGGGCUCGGAGGAGAACUACGAACUCUCGCGCUCCCAACAGUUACAUCACUCAUCCACACUCUAGCACCUCCGAUAUCAUCUCACGAACGUCUCCAAAUCCAUAUCACUCAUGAUCUCCAAGGAUAUCCUGCCCUGGACCCGCUAAUCUACAAUGUCUUCUCCCGUGUUAUGGCCCAGGUCGAAGGAGGCGAUCUCCUAGUUGUCCAACGCGGGCAAGAAGCCGCCCCCAAGCGCGGAGAGAGCUCUGGCACCAGUCAAUACAACUCUGCAGGCUGGAAUGACGGUCCCUGGUGGCGAUACACCUCUCCGGGAGGAGGUCGUUCCAUCUCCGCCAUCAAGGGCACCAUGGUGGCUACCAAACUCGCCCGAGCAAGUGCCGAGUCAUAUUCAAACGACUUCUUCGCAGCCCGCGGCGGAAUCGAAGAAGCUACUCGCCAAGCCUCCGAGACUCUCUCAGAAACCAACCCAGUCAGGAACAGCGAUAUCUUCCUCGCCAUCCAAGCCAUCAGCCAACCCGUAUCAGAGGACCUUUUCCAGGCCGGGGCCGGACCUAGCGGAGACACCGAUAAAUCCGCCAGCGGCGUCGUGGAGGCCAAGGAAGACCCCGAAGACGAAGUUUCAUUCGCCGUUUACCUACACGAUCCUAUCCACGGCAUCGCAUUCCACACCAUCUCUCAGUCUCUACCACAGAAAUGGAUAGAUUGGCUUGAUGCUCCUGCUCCUGACGCCUCUUCCGACAAAACUGCAAGCGACGUUCCGCAAUCAACUGUCCCCGAGGCCAUUGCAGAGAUUAUCGAGAGUGGAGGUGUCGACCCACGUGAAUGGGUGGCUGAGUGGGUUGAGGAUUCAAUUACUUUGGCCGUGGGCAUCGUUGCACAACGAUACGUGGCGAGACGAAUGGGUGUAGGUGGUGGUGGUGUCAACAAGGGGAAGAUGAAGGCCGAGCAAGCAACUGUUGUUGAUAGUGGAGCAGGAGAGGCUGCUAGGGCGCUUUAG